UAUAUAAUAAAAAUGCUGACGUGGGUACAUCGGAUGCCAUGAUUCAAACCGACGGCCCAGAUCCCGUUUCCCUCACUUUAUCUUUCGCUCCCUCCGAGCUACUUGCAAACCCACUUGUACCCCACUCAGCUCUGUCUCUCUGUCUGAAGAGUGAAGAGCUGCCGGAAAUGUUGCUCGGUAAGAGGCCGCGACCUCCGAUGAGUCGAACCAUCAGUAUGACGAAGUUCGCCGCCGAUUUAGAACUGGCCGACGAUUCUCCGCUCUUGUCCGAUGAAAAUAUUCCGGCGACGGUCGCCAUCAAUCCGCAUCAGCAGCUUCAACAUCUUGAAUCGAAGCAGCCGUGGUGGCCAGGUGAUUUUCCGGUUGAGUGUAGGCAGAGAAACUAUAAGUGGGCUUCGGCUGCCGCCACGAUGAUCCAGCCCCAAGGACCGCGGAGGAACUCCGCUGAUUUUGCGGCAGCGGUUGAAACGGCGCCGUUUCUCAGGUCCUGUGGUCUCUGCAAGCACAGCCUCAAUCUAGGCCGCGACAUCUUCAUGUAUAGGGGUGAGAUUGCUUUCUGUAGCUUGGAGUGCCGGCAGCAGCUAAUGAACCAGGAGGACAGGAUGAAGAAAGCUCCGGCGACCACCACUUUGUCAGAGCCCUCCGGCCCCGGCGAAACAGUGGCCGCCGCCUGAGAAGAAGAGAACUACAUAGACCUUCCUAUAUGCUAUUUGUAAGUGCGAGCGUGUGAGGCAAUUGUUAAAGCAUGCAAGAAUCUAGACUAUUAUAUUUCUGUUAAGCUUCACUGGCUACUAAUGAGUUUCCAAUCCCUCUCUCUAAGCUAUUUUGUUUUCUCUCUAAUGAGAAUUUGGAGUUGAGGUGGAAGUUCCGUUAGCUGA